CUGGAAUCUCAACUGCACAACAGCGCGAUGCCACAACUUGGCACAAUCGUCACGGCGGUCGCGGUGGUCGUGGCGGUCUUCCUGUGGAGAAUAUGGUGCAUGCUUCCACGGCGGCGCCACGGUAACAGUGCUGCAUCGCCGUUGCUCGGUACAUCUCCAUUCUCUGGCAACCAGACUCUGCAUGGAGGCGCCACCGCCAAGAAGAUUCGCACCCUUGUGGUGUUGGGAUCUGGUGGGCACACGACCGAGAUGCUCAAGCUGAUCAAGCGACUGUCGGUGGAGCAGUACACACCUCUGGCGUUUGUCGUCGCAGCGUCGGACCACACCAGCGAAGAGAAAGCUCGAAUGGAACGCAAGGGAAGUGCGCUGCAGGUUUACACGAUUCCACGCAGCCGUGAGGUCGGGCAGUCGUGGACGUCGACCGUUUUCACGUCCAUGCACUCGCUUCUGUACAGCAUUGCAGUCGUGUUUCACUUUCAGCCCGAUCUCUUACUCUGCAACGGGCCAGGCACGUGCAUCCCCAUCUGCGUUGCGCUCCUUCUCCGUCGCUUCCUGGGCCUUGAUACGACGGCCAAGUUGAUCUUUUGCGAAUCGUUUGCGCGGGUCCAGCGCCUAUCGCUGUCCGGACGCAUUCUGUACCAUGUUGCCGACGCGUUUGUCGUGCACUGGCCGCAGCUCCAGGCCAAGUACCCGCACGCCACGUAUCUCGGGACGAUUUGCUAAGUCACCUUGCACUGGUUGUACAUCCUUCCGUCUCAACCGCAUUCUGCUUGUUUCGCUUCGUCUGCCGUUU